AUGCACCGUGCUCAACCACUACCGCGGUCAAGUGCAGUGAAUGUCAGCCCAUCCACUAGACGGCAGGCGAGAGACAUCAGCUCGACCGCUCCCGCCUGGAAGGGGAGAAGAGGGGGCGCGUCUGCGCUGAUGCCAAAGAGGUCCGGGCCCGUGCGGCGGAAGAUUCCGGGUGCUGGCAAGAAGAAGAAACCUAAGGUGCAUGGCGCGCCCAUGUCUCGGAUCCACCGCGACCAGCGGCUGGAGGCGGAUGGGAAGGCGCAGAUGGAAGCUAUGAAGGCUAUCUCGCCCGAAGACCGGGCUAAAGUGCAGGAGAUGACCGAAGCCUUCAUCAACACCCCGCUGGGUGCGCAAGACGACAGCAUCAACGCGUUCCUCCGCCGGAAGGACCCGGACGCCAUGAUGCUCAACCUCGGCAUGAGACUCUCGGAUGACGACCACGCCAUCGCCGGCGGCGGGAGCGGGGAGGGUAACCUACCGCUGUCCGCAGACUGCCCGUCACCCUCGCCGCUACUGCACGAUGGAGUGGUAGAUGCAACAGCAGCGGCGGCGGCGCCCGAGCCGCCGCCGAGCCGUGAUACUCUACCGUUCCCGUCGCCGCAGCCGUCAUCCCCAUGGUCGCGCGAACCAUCCGGCAUGUACAGUAAUUCCCCUGCCCCGCCGACACCGCCCUAUCCCUACUCCUUGCCCUCGUCGAUGAUGCCUUACGGGGGCGAGGCCGGGAUGGGGUCGCCGCGCGGCGGCGGCGGUGGGGGGGGAGGGGGCGCCGCAGAAGAGUUCAGUUUUCUGGUACGGACCCUCGGUGCUCACGGGAGGUUCGAGGAGGCUAGGUCUAGGGUAAUUCCCGAGAUGAGACGGAGGGGAGUCACGCCGACCGAGCACACGUUCGCGUCGUUGCUUGCUGGCACUGCCAUCGAGAGGGACCCAAUCGCGGCGGAACAGGUCUGGUCGGAGAUGGUGGAGGGGGGCAUCAGGCCAUCGGCCCACGCGUGGUGUUCACGCGUGAACGCCCACGCCAGGGCCGGCCGCAUGCGGCGGGCUCUGAGUCUGGGCAAAGAGAUGCGCGAGCAGGGCCACCCGUGGGACGUGGCGACGUACACCUCGCUCAUCGCCGGCUCCACGCGCAAGCGAAACUACUCGGGGGCGUGGGGGCUGUGGAACGACAUGGUUAUCUGGGGCGUGCAGCCGGACGCGAUGGCGUACAACACCAUGAUGAAGCUCUGCGCGGACACUCGGCAGUACGAGAGGGCGAUGCUGUUCCUGGAUGACAUGGACAUGGAGGGUCUCAGGCCUUCCAGGAUCACGAUCGAGACGCUGCUCAAGGCUGCGGCCACGGCGCCUCAGUGGAUCAGAGCCUAUGGCACCAUUGUGGAUGAUCUCGUGCAGCGCUUCAUCGGCCUCGGAGUCACUCCAGAGGUUGACACCUACCGGGCUCUUUUGCUCGCCUAUAGCAACGGCGGUGACGCGGACAAGGUUUUGCAGUGCAUCGAGGAGGUGCACGUCCUCGAGGGACACACGGCGGACAACCUUGGUGACGGUACCCCCAGGCUUCCCUGGCAAGCCUACUGCGAUUCCCUGGACGCGAUAGCGAGGUGCACCAGCGUCGGCCGACACAGGGGCACUCCGGCGAGGUGGGGGAUCCUCCCCGGGCAAGACUCGCUGGUGAUGGACAUCACGUCCCUCGAGGUGCCGGAGGAAGAUUUCAGCCGGGUGAGGGAGAUGCAGAUGGCCGCCAUGGAGUGGGACGAGGAGGGGGAGGCUGCCCUCAAGAAGGGCUUCAGGAAGGGAAAGCGGACCAAGUUUAGGGGGGUCACGACUCCCGACGACCUUGUUGGCGACGACGAGUACGAGCGAGCCAUCGCAAGCCAGUACGAGCAAGUCAUGGACAAGGCGAAGGCCAUGAAGGAGGUAGAGCGACGGGAGGCCCUGCUGCAGCUGGGCAUAGACCCAGACGAAGGGGACAAGGAGGCCAAGACUCGUCCCCGGGUACUGCCAGACCCGCGGGACCGGGAACGGAUAGAGGCUCCCGUGCCUCAUUGGCUCAGCGAUGGCGGUAGCGUAAGAGAGGGGUGGGGGGGGUGGGAGGAGGAGGAAGACGACGUGUCUGGACGAGAGUCUCGGAGAAGGGAACACCAAUCACCAGAGGGCACCGGCGACCCCGCUGGGCGAGUUUCGAGCAGGUUGUCGGGGCGCAGCGGCGAGGAAGAAGGCGUGUUCAAGAAAGCGUCGAUGCUGGAUCUCUUGGAGGGCGACCAGGCGGAUGGCGGGGUUAGCGGUGGCGAGGCGAAGGAGACAGGUUGGAGCGAGGAUGAGGAUGGCCGACUGGUGCUUCCGGACAACCUGGAGGGCAUGAUGGAGGAGGUCCGGGCGUUGGCGCAGCAAGACCUGGACAGGAGAAAGAAUCGACACCCGCACUUGAGGGGGAAAGGGGACGAUGAUGAUGAUGAUGAUGACUGGGAAGAAGAAGAGGAAGAGGAAGAGGAGGAGGAAGACCAGUGGGGCUUGGAGGAGGAGGAGGCGUUGGGCAUUGAGGACGUUGGCGCGACGAGGGAGGAAGAGCAAGAGGAGGAGUUUGGCUUUGAGGACGUUGGUGCGAAGAGGGACGAGCCGGAAGUGGAGGCGAACGCCGCCUUUGAAGAGAUGUUGGCCGAGUCGAGGACACAGACAUUGGGGGCCGACCAAGAGCAAGAGCAAGAGCAGAUACAGCGGUUCGGCGACGAUGAUGGCGACGAGGACACCUCUUCUUUCUUGGACGGAGAGGAGAUCGCCGACGUAGAGGACAUCGACAGCGUCCACGACGGCAGCUCUUUGAUAGACCAGCUCGAUCGCCUCCAAACCCAGCAACAAGACGACGAGGAAGCGGAAGAGGAGUACGAAGACUGGACCCCUCUGAUGCACCAAGGGCUCAAGGAGCGGACGGAGGCGCUGAUGGGGGUGGUGCAGCUGCUCGAGGCGGACGGCAUGGCGGCGGCCAGGGCCGCAGACGCAGAGAAGGGGUUCCGUGUCGGAGGGGAGGGGGGGGCGGGCCCCGCGGUGCGGCGGAUGCUACGGUCGAGGCUGAAGACUCUGACGGAGUCGCGUCGGUGCAAGGAGGCCAUCAAGUUCGUCGAUGAGGAGUACCCUAAGGAGGGAGCGAAGGUCGACGCUGAGGGCGUCCUGCAGGUGGUGGAGAUGUACGUCAACACCAGAGGGGUGGGCCUAGCGGAAGCUUUCGUCCAGAGGUGGACGGAGGAGAACGGCGUGAAGCCGAACCGUAGGCACGGAGCGGAGUCGAUUUUCAAAGGUAGAACAAAAUCCCCGUCCGCGCGGUUCGUCCAAGUUAACAACCCUAACUUAGAGUGUUGGACGCUUUUUAGUCGGGUGUCCGCAUGA